UUGAAAAAUGUUUUCGUCUGUUGAAAAUGGCUGUCCACGUGAGUAGGAGCCGGCUCUAUUCACAAAAUCUUUUUGUAAAUCAAUAUUCCGGCGUUCGUUUCGGUAGAAUAUGUGCCAAUUACAUCAAAAGAUGUGAAUCCACUGUCAGUGUACCUUUAUCUUCAGGGAAAAAACUGGUAUUUCAAUCGGGGAAAUAUGCUCGAUUCGCCGAUGGAAGCGCCGUGGCAUCCUUUGGAGAUACUGCCGUAUUGGUUACGGCUGUGAGUAAAGCCAAAAGCUCACCAGCUUCAUUCCUGCCUCUUACCGUUGACUACAGACAGAAAGCCGCUGCAGCAGGCAGAAUACCCACCAAUUUCUUGAGGAGAGAACUUGGGACAUCCGAAAGAGAGAUUCUGACUAGUCGCAUGAUUGACCGGUCCCUUAGACCACUCUUCCCAGAUGGUUACUUCUAUGAAACUCAGAUUGUAUGCAACUUGCUAUCUGUCGAUGGAGUCAACGAUCCGGAAGUGCUGAGUAUCAAUGCUGCCUCUGCUGCACUUGCCAUUUCAGACAUUCCUUGGAACGGUCCUGUGGCAGCAGUUCGUGUGGGUCUCAUUGACAAUGAAGUGGUUAUCAAUCCCACAAGAAGAGAGUUGGCCCACAGUCAGUUAAACUUGGUCGUCAGUUCCACUUUCCCAAAUUUGGUCGUCAUGCUGGAAGCUUCAGCCGAAAAUGUGUACCAGCAAGACUUUUUGAAAGCCAUCAGAACGGGAGUGAAAGAAUGUCAAACUAUCGCCAAGGCAAUCGAAAAAUUGCGGAAAGAUGCCGGGAAACCCAAAAGGGAGUUUAUCGUCUUGCCGUCUGGCUCGGAAGAGUUGCUAUCUGCCGUUAAACUAUUGAGCGAAAAUCGAUUGCGGGUCAUUCUGCGCGAUUUUAAUCACGACAAGAUUUCGCGUGACGUUGCAGUUGCCACCGUACGAAACGAUGUCAUGGAAAAACUAAGAACCAGCUUUCCCGAUACGGAUCCAAUGAUUAUCAGCGAAUCAUUUAAUAAAUUUUUCAAGGAAUUCUUUCGACAGCUUAUUCUAGAUGAAGAAAUCAGGUGUGACGGGAGGAAGUUGACGGACAUUCGGAACAUUUCUUGUGGUGUUGACUUGUAUCGACCGCUGCACGGAUCCGCCAUCUUCCAACGUGGUCAAACUCAAGUUGUUUGCACUGUAGCCUUCGAUUCACCGGAAUCAGCCUUGAAAUCCGAUCCAGUUUCCAUUCUUAUGGGUGGAUUGAAAGCCAAGAAUUUCUUCCUCCAUUACGAAUUCCCGCCUUAUGCAACCAACGAAACGGGGAGGGUAGGGUCAGGUGGUAGCGCCGGUCGUCGUGAGCUUGGCCACGGCGCUUUAGCUGAGAAAGGUCUCAGACCUGUGGUGCCCAGCGACUAUCCGUUUACCAUCCGUUUGACUUCUGAAGUCUUAGAGUCCAAUGGUUCUUCGUCAAUGGCCUCGGUUUGUGGAGGUUCUCUGGCUCUGAUGGACGCUGGAGUUCCAAUUUUGCAGCCGGCAGCGGGAGUGGCGGUUGGUUUGGUCAGCCGAGUAAACCCGGAAACUAAACAGAUUGACGACUAUCGCAUUCUCACCGAUCUUCUGGGCAUUGAAGACUAUUUGGGAGACAUGGAUUUCAAAUUAGCCGGAACCAAAAAAGGCAUAACCGCUCUCCAAGCAGAUUUCAAACUACCUGGUGUACCUUUAAAGAUAAUCAUGGAGUCGGUGGUUCAAGCUAGCGAUGCCAAGUCGCACAUACUCGACAUAAUGGCUCAGACAAUCAAACAGCCGCGUAAUGACAAGAAAGAUAUCUGGCCACUCUCCGAAAAACUGGAAAUUGAAGCUCACAAACGACCCAAAUUUGUCGGUAUCGGUGGUUCGAACCUUAAGAAAUUAACUGCUGAAACAGGAGUUCAGAUUACCUCUAUCGAUGACUUGACGUUUUCCAUCUUCGCACCCAAUCAAUCAGCGAUGGACGAAGCCAAGGAAAUGAUCGAACAAUUUCUGAAGGAAGAAAAAGAGCCGGAACUGGAAUUUGGCGCCAUCUACAAAGCGCGUAUCGUCGAGAUGAAGGAAACUGGUGUGUUGGUGACCUUCUACCCCAAAAUGGUUCCUACACUCCUUCACAAUUCACAACUGGACGUACGGAAAGUAGCCCACCCAUCUGCCCUGGGACUUCAGGUAGGAGAUGAAAUCUCUAUUAAAUAUUUCGGCCGGGAUCCAGUUAGCGGCAGGAUGCGGUUGUCGCGUAAAGUCCUUCAGUCGGUUGCGUCCUCAGUUGUGAAAAACCUGAAUGGAAAACCCCCAAGUAGUUAAAUUUCUUGUCAAUUCCGUGUUAUGUGGUUGCCGACAAAACAUCGCCAGUUGGCAUGAGCUUUGUACAUCGAUCAAAAAAGCUCUGAACCUUACGUCAUGUUAUGAGGUUUACGAUUAACUUUAAAGAAAAAUAAAAGCGAUUCUCCUGCUUUUGA